UCGCUGAGCCCAGAGACGCCGAGGAUCCUCGACAGGAUGGACGACAGCGAGACUUACAUGAUAAUGCAGCGCGUAAACUCCGACUCAAGGUCUCCAUCGAGAACUGAACCUGAUGUGCUGUACGCGGAUGUAAAUUUCAAGACCCUCUCGGCAACCCGAGUCCGGACUGAUCGAGACGGACUGAACUCUACCUACUCCAUGCUGAACUUUCGGAAAAAGAAACCCCGUAUCGAUGAGGACGAAGAUCCGCCCAUUUCCUCGGGACCCGGCGGGCUGUCAACCAGCGCACCAACAGCUGCGGUAGAACAGGAGUCGAAAGUGAAGAUCGGAAAUAGACCGUACCGUCUGAUCUGCCUCCUCUGCCUAGUUACAUCCGCCCUCAUCGUGACUGUGGCCAGUCUCUCGAUCUAUGUGUCUCAGGUUCGUCAGUCUAAGAUCACCUCCGACCGAAACUACAAUGAGUUAAACUCAACCCUUCAAUCCAAGCUUUCUGCGCUCAACUCUAAUCUGUCCGUUCUUCGUCACCAGUUCACUGAGAUGGAGACGAAGAAAUUCGCUUCGAAUGUCCUGUACCGGAUGACGGGAUCAGACCCCGAGUGCGGUGUAUGUACACAUGACUCUGAGCGUAAACCUUGCGAUCAGGUUCAUACAGGCUUCAUCUGUGAGAAGUCCGGAUAUUUGUUUCCGGAUAUUUAUGAAAUGAUAAAGGAUCUCUGUCGGCAACCAGUGGGACCGACUUGA